GAGAGGGAGAGAGAGGAGCUAGUUGGAUAGGCAAUUCCAGUACUUUGUAAGCAUCAAGGCAGCCCAACGUCACUGAGCUCAGCUGAGUCGGCUUGUAUUUCUGAGAGAGAGAGAGAGAGAGAGAGAGAGAGAGAGAGAGAGAGAGAGAGAGAGAGAAAUAUCUUACCUCGGAUUCCGGAACUUUAACCCUGAAAGCGGCGCUCAGAGAGGACUUGGACCAUUCCCACGGCUUCCUCGGGUCUCCCCACUUUCCCUCCCGGGAGGAGCAGGCCACUGGGCUUAUCCUAUUGAGACCCCCCACCCCCCUGCUGUUUUGCGUUGUUUGGAGCCCUUCUGGCGCCUGACAGCUUGGAAGUCUUUAGGGAGAGAGCGGCGCAGAGCGGAGGUGUGUGCUGGCCGUGGGCCCGGCUGCCGGGGCUGCAGCGCUGGGUGCCCCUUCGCAGGCAGCACAGCCUCUGGUCCGCACGCAGCCCCCCGCGUAAACCCGGAGCCACCAUGCCGGCGCCCCCGCCUCUGCGCGGCCGGCUGCCCUGCUAGGAGCACCAGGGAGGUGGUGAAUGCACCGGCUUCACCGAGUGAGCGCUGGACCCCGCGCGGUCACAGGGCCCCGGGCACACCAUGGCCGACGCAGAUGAGGGCUUUGGCCUGGCGCACACACCCCUGGAACCGGACUCAAAGGAUCUCCCCUGUGACUCAAAGCCAGAGAGCACGCUAGGGGCCCCCAGCAAGUCCCCAUCGUCCCCACAGGCCGCCUUCACCCAGCAGGGCAUGGAAGGGAUCAAGGUGUUUCUCCACGAAAGAGAGCUGUGGCUGAAAUUCCACGAAGUGGGCACGGAGAUGAUCAUAACCAAGGCCGGCAGGCGGAUGUUUCCCAGUUACAAAGUGAAGGUGACUGGCCUUAAUCCCAAAACGAAGUACAUUCUCCUCAUGGACAUCGUCCCUGCCGACGACCACAGAUACAAGUUUGCAGAUAAUAAAUGGUCGGUGACUGGCAAAGCGGAGCCCGCCAUGCCAGGCCGCCUGUACGUGCACCCGGACUCGCCGGCCACCGGGGCGCAUUGGAUGCGGCAGCUCGUCUCCUUCCAGAAACUCAAGCUCACCAACAACCACCUGGACCCGUUUGGGCAUAUUAUUCUAAAUUCCAUGCACAAAUACCAGCCCAGAUUACACAUCGUGAAAGCCGACGAAAAUAAUGGAUUUGGCUCAAAAAAUACUGCUUUCUGCACCCACGUCUUUCCUGAGACGGCGUUUAUCGCGGUGACUUCCUACCAGAAUCACAAGAUCACCCAGUUAAAGAUCGAGAACAAUCCCUUCGCCAAAGGCUUCCGGGGCAGCGACGAUAUGGAACUGCACAGAAUGUCAAGAAUGCAAAGUAAAGAAUAUCCCGUGGUUCCCAGGAGCACAGUGAGACAGAAAGUGGCCUCCAACCACAGCCCUUUCAGCAGUGAGCCUCGAGCUCUCUCCACCUCAUCCAACUUGGGGUCCCAGUACCAGUGCGAGAAUGGUGUGUCAGGACCCUCCCAGGACCUUCUGCCCCCACCCAAUCCGUACCCACUGCCCCAGGAGCACAGCCAAAUAUACCAUUGCACCAAGAGGAAAGCAGAUGAAGAAUGCUCCACCGCAGACCAUCCCUACAAGAAGCCCUACAUGGAGACAUCGCCCAGCGAAGAAGACCCAUUCUAUCGCCCCAGCUAUCCCCAGCAGCAGGGCCUGAGUGCCUCCUACAGGACAGAGUCAGCCCAGCGCCAGGCCUGCAUGUAUGCCAGCUCCGCGCCGCCCAGCGAGCCUGUGCCCAGCCUGGAGGACAUCAGCUGCAACACGUGGCCCAGCAUGCCUUCCUACAGCAGCUGCACGGUCACCACCGUGCAGCCCAUGGACAGGCUACCCUACCAACACUUCUCGGCUCACUUCACCUCGGGGCCUCUGGUCCCCCGGCUGGCUGGCAUCGCCAACCACGGCUCCCCCCAGCUCGGGGAGGGGAUGUUCCAGCACCAGACCUCCGUGGCCCACCAGCCUGUGGUCAGGCAGUGUGGGCCUCAGACUGGCCUGCAGUCCCCUGGCGGCCUGCAACCAUCUGAGUUCCUCUACUCCCAUGGCGUGCCAAGGACCCUGUCCCCACACCAGUACCACUCGGUGCAUGGGGUUGGCAUGGUGCCAGAGUGGAGCGAGAAUAGCUAAAGCGAAGCCUGCUUCCUUAACAGACAUUUGCUAGAGAGAGAGGAGAGAGAGAAAGAGAGAGAGAGAGAGCAGGAGAGAGACAGUAGCCGAGAGAACCCCACAGAUAAGGUAUUUCAUUUCACCCCACAUUCACGCCUGCACUUGAGACCCCCAGACACUGAUCUAAUCAGUAGUCUGAAACCACAGUACAAAAAAUGUGACUUUGUCAUUUCGUCUCAAAACUAAAAAAAAAAAAAAAAAAAAAAAAAAAAGAACAACAACAAAAUUGAGUCCCAUUCCCACCACAACCACCACAAUCAUCCAUGGGCCACAUUCACACCACCUCCAGAGGGCCUCCCGGAUUCCUUCUUUUGGUCUCCAGCAAGUCUUGCCUCAUCGAGUGUGUUAUCCUAAUGCAGAGUUGGAGUCUUUUCCUGUCUUGCUGUUAAUGUUGACAUUGUUAUAUAAUAAAUAAUAAUAUAUUUUUUUUCUUUC